AUGUCCACUGAACCUUCAGUUCUCCUGAGCUGUCAUAGCUGCAAUCUUUACAAACAAGAUUUAUUAAAAGAGGGGCUGCUAGAGGCCUACUUGGGGUUUACUGGAGGUCAGCUAAGACUGCUCAAAAUCAGGCUAAUAGCCACAUGCACUGUUUUAUUAAGUCAUUCUAUACAAUCCUGUUACUGCCACCCUCUAGAUGCCAGAUCUCCAACUCUGGAGCCUGACACUCUGCACCCUCGACUGAGGCUGUCGGAGAGCCGGGAGACGGUGAGCUGCGGUUGGUUGUGGAAGUCCUAUCCUGACGGGCCCCUGAGAUUUGACAAGCUCUGGCAGGUGCUGAGCCGGGACUCAUUCUUUGCAGGUCGCCAUUACUGGGAGGUGGACCUGCACCGUGCCUGUAAGGGCUGGUGGAUUGGGGCAGCCUACCGCUCUAUGAGCCGCAAAGGGGACACAGAGGCUUCCCGUCUGGGUUGGAACAGGGGCUCCUGGUGCAUGAAGCGCUUUGACUUGGAGUAUUGGGCCUUCCACAACGGUACCAGGACUCUUGUGCUGCUGGAAGAAGAUACAGACCGUAUUGGUGUCUUUCUGGAUUACGAGGCAGGCACCCUCAGCUUUUUCGACGCCAUGUGCGGCAUGAGGCACCUUUACACCUUUAAGGCCAACUUUACAGAGCCAGUGUAUCCAGCUUUGAGGCUCUGGGAGGGGGCUAUUACUUUCUGUAAACUCACCUGACACCAAUGCUCAAAUUCUUUAUGUUGUUGUAACAGGGGAGAGAUCUGUGCUGACUCUGCUGGCGUGUUCACAGUGCUGCAGGAGGGGGGCGGCAGUCGUCCAACAACCGCCUGUCAGUCAUAGCCGUGACACGGGGAGGUGGGAGAGUGGGUGUGGACUCUCCCUCUCUCUCUGAAUGGCUGCAAGGCGGGUCUUGGGGAGAUUGUUGGCCCUAUAAGAUAAUGCUCUGCUGUUUCCUCAGGUCUGCCGUUUUAGACGCGCUGGAGGUGCGGAAAGUGCUGACCGGGAGCGAGGAUCAGCGGAGAGAAAGGAGCCUCCGGAUAGACAGAAUUAGUGAGAGCGGGGUACCUUUGGGCAGAACCCCAGUAGUGAAAAGGCAAGCAUAGCGAGCUGGUAGAGUAGGACGGAGAUCCGGGUCGUGCGGGUAGCGGCGACCGGGAUAUUGUUGCCAAGGGCAGCACCUUUUCCUUUGAAGGUUUAUUACUGUGUUUUAUUUUCUCUUUUUCUUUGGUCUUUUGUUUUCAGUGUUUUGUUUGAGGCACCUGCGAGUGCUACUGUCCGAUCCCUGGUUUACCAGACUCCUGGUAUUCUCCGUGGCUCUGUUUACCAUCGGUGGUACGCAGACCACGGACCCACAGCGCCAUCUGCGGGCUAAAGAGAUCAACUCCCUGCUCCAAACAAAAAUAAAACUGGGCACCUGUGUGGUGACGCCAAAUACACCUGUCUGUCUCUGCGUCAGUGAAUUACCCACCACCCUUCCACACGUGGUGUCAGAAGUGGGAUUCACUGGCAUUGCCCCAAGCAGUGCACCUACCCAGAGAUAAAAAAAA